AUGGUGCUGUCGCGCACGACGUCGGAGGAUCGCAACAAGGAGGACGCGGUCCUGGAGCCCGUCUUCGCCAACCGAUACAUGCAGCAACCCGUCAAACGGUACUCAUGCUCUUGCUCUCUCCCCGCUCCCUUUCCCUCUAUCGCCAAUCCGCCCCAUACGCUUCCCUUUCACCCACACCCGUUCCCCGUCCCCCUUUCCCUCGCUUGCGCUCCUCCCCCUGCGCUCGCUGAUCCCCCCCCCUUACCCCCUCUUUUUCUCCCCAGCCACGUGUUCCCGGCGGACAAGAUGCCGCGCGAGGUGGCGCACGUGUUCCCGGCGGACGAGAUGCCGCGCGAGGUGGCGUAUCAGAUCGUGGCGGACAUGCUAGAGAUGGACGGCAAGCCGCGCCUCAACCUGGCGUCGUUCGUCACCACGUGGAUGGAGCCCGACGCUGAGCGCCUCAUGACCGCCUCGCUCAACAAGAACGCCAUCGAUCUCUCCGAGUACCCCGCCUGCGCGCACAUCCAGGAGCUGUGUUUGAACAUGUUGGCGCGGCUGUACCACGCGCCUCUAACCGAGGGGCAGACGGCUGUGGGCACGGCCACCAUCGGCAGCAGCGAGGCCAUCAUGCUUGCAGGCCUGGCAAUGAAGCGGCGGUGGGCCAAGUUCCGCAGGGACAAGAACCUUCCAACCGACAGCCCCAACCUAGUGGUGGGCGCCAACACGCACGUUGUGGUGGAAAAGUUCGCCAACUACUUUGACGUGGAGCUGCGCAUGGUGCCCGUCACGCCCGAGUGCCCCUGCCUGCGUGUGAACGAGGCGGUGAAGCUGUGCGACGAGAGGACCAUUGGAGUGGUGCCCAUUCUGGGGAGCACCUACACGGGCCACUUCGAGGACGUGCAGGGGCUGGACGAGGGGCUGAGGAAGCUGGAUUUGCCGCACGGCUGGCAGGUCCCAAUCCACGUGGACGCGGCAAGCGGCGGCUUCGUGGCGCCUUUCCUCUACCCGUCCCUCGCCUGGGACUUCCGGUUACCGUCCGUGCUGUCCAUCAGUGUGAGCGGGCACAAGUACGGGCUCACGUACCCGGGCAUCGCAUGGCUGCUGUUCAGAAACGAGAGCUGCCUGCCGCAGGAGCUGAUCUACCACGUGGACUACCUGGGCGAGGACCAGCCCACCUUCACUCUCAACUUCUCCCGAGGAGCGUCGCAAAUAGUGGGGCAGUACUACCAGUUCCUUCGCCUCGGCUUCAAGGGCUACAGGCGGGUGAUGGAGAACUGUGCCGAGGUGGCGGACUCGCUGCGAGAGCAGCUGGAGGCAACGGGCAUGUUCCACAUUCUGUCGGACACCAACAUGGGCAUCCCCCUCGUCGCCUUCCGCUUCAAACCCCACUCCCCGUACGCACACCUGAGGGAGAGGGAGCUGAGUGAUGACCUGAGGAGGCACGGGUGGAUCCUGCCCUCCUACCAGAUGCCACCAAACAUGCAUGAUGUGACCGUGCUGCGAGUGUGUGUGCGGGAGGACUUUUCUCGCGAGCUAGCAGAGUGGCUGGUGCGAGACAUCAAGGAGACAGUUGGGCGCAUGAAGGCUCAUGAAGACAAGGCACUGGCGAGGGAUAGGGAGAUGGAAAGGGAGGGAGAGAGGGUGGGAGAGGGGGAGAGGAAGGGUGAGGGGGGAGCUGGGGAGGAGAAGGUGGGAGUGGAAGAUGGAGUUCUGAGUGCAGGUACAAAGGGGACGAAGGGUAGCGAUGCAGUGGCGAGGACGGCCGGAGGAGAGCAGCACGUGGCGAAGCGGGUGCACGGGUGGCAGGAGGAGGAGGAGAAGAAGGGCUCACCUACGGCCUUCCCACUGGCGCCAGCAGCAGCAGCAGCAGCAGCAGCAGCAGCAGGGACGGCGCUGCUGGUGGCAACAGGUUGGAAAGAGAAGGAAGAAGGCUCGUCCUCCGCUUCGCCCUCUCUCUCGCUCUCCUCCCACAUGUGCCCUGGGAUGGGGAGCGUGCUUGGUGUGGAAAGGCCAGGGGGUUGCGCUGGAUGGCGGGGGGAGCACAAGCCUGCGCGCGGAGAGCCGGGUGAGCGGCUGGCGAGGCUCUGCGCGGAAGACGAUUCGGAUGCUGCGGAGAUGGGGGGGAAGCGGACGAGCGAGGAGAGUGGCGGGAUGCGCGGGGAGGGAGCGGCGGCUAACUCAGGAAACACAGAGACCCUGUCGAAGGGUCCUGGUGCGGAAGGACAGGGUGGUGAUGCUGCUGGUGCUGCUGCUGUUGCUGUUGCUGCUGUUGCUGCAGCGCGGCGCUGCUGCACUCUCGGUGACGUGUCCUCGUCGCGUGCUGACACGCUGGCAUCCGAGUCGCCAAGGCGGCUACCGACGCCAUCGCCGCGACGCCCCGAGACGGGGACGGAGACGGCGUCCCACUCCGCUCGCGUGGGAUUAGGGAUUCCUCCCCUCGCGGACAAAGCCGAGGUCAUGCGGCGUGACCGAUGGUCACGCGUCGUCAUGUUCGCUUCGCCUUCGUAA